AUGGACCCCUGCUUAAGAAAGACUACCAAGCCAAUGAAGCCAGUGGCAGGCAUGAAGAGAUCUAAACUUCAGGAGGCGUUGACUGGAGGUGUUAAGAAGAUGAAAUCAUCAACUCCUUCUGAAACCCUGGUCAACAAGACUCUGUCGCAGCCGGGAUCCUCUUCAUCUGCCGCCAAGACUCUUUCGCAGCCAGGCAAGACUCUGUCGCAGCCGGGAUCCUCUUCAUCUGCUUUGUCUGACGAUGCAAAGAAAACAACUACAAUAUCAACUCAAUCUUCCCUUGCCGCCAAGACUCUUUCGCAGCCAGGAUCUUCUUCUGCUUUGUUUGAAGAUAGAUUGAAGAAACCUUCUUCUGGUAACACUUCGUCGAAGAAACGGUCUGAUUCAUCGUCUUCCUCUUCUUCUUCUUCGUCAUCAUCUUCCUCGUCUUCUUCAUCGUCCUCGUCCUCUUCUUCUACGUCAUCGCCCAAAAAUCAAACAAUUAAGUCCCCUCUAUCCAUGCUUCUCUCUCCCAUAAUUCUCUCCUUGCUAUCUCCUAUUAAAUCUCCAGAAAAGCCAUCCACUCCCAAACGUAAGCCAUCUCCAAAACCUCAACCACAUAGCCUAACUCUUCCUAAUUUAAAUUCCUCCUCGAACCAAAUGCCUGACAUAGAUUCUCCUGAAAUUACCAUUCCAAACCCCCCACCCAAAUCCCUCCCUGCUGCACCCACCGUUGUUAGAAAACUCUUUACUAAAACUGAAUCCUCAAAAGAAUCCCUUCCCCCCCAUUCAAACCCUUCUGAAAAAUUGGUAAAACUCAUGGCCAAAAGACGAGCUGCAUUUAAGCCCAAGCCACAAUGUUCUUAUAUUUUCCAAAAAGGGGUGAAAAAAGGUGAGCGUUGUGAAAAGUCCUGCUUUUCUGAUGCUAAUGUGUGCAGCCUCCACACUAAGGGGAAAAGCAGGAUGGUACCCACUCAACCUAAAAUUAUUAGCAGCAAACCUGUCGCUACCAAUCCUCAGUCAUUUGAAAGACCAUCAAUAAUCGUCAAAAGCCAGGCUCAGGAAAAAUCUUGUACAUCUGAUCCAACACCGAGCACCUUCACGUGUUGUUGUGAUAGACAAGAUUUUGCCUAG